UGUACUAAUGCAGCACCUCCGCCAGGUACCGAGUUUCACACGGAAGGGCGUUCACUUCGUUUUAUAACCAAAUCCUUUGGACAUAUCAGCGCACAAACUCUGAUAAACGGACGCGAAUUUCCUCAGAGAAAAACCUCUUUUGUCUGCUUUGUCUCUCUCUUAAAAAGGCUGUUGGAAACGGAAUAGUUGGUUUCGCCGUCAUGUUCUUCGUGGUUGCGCUUCUCUGCUGGCAAGCAACAGGCCUGCAUGCCUUUUCUGCCAGCUCGACUACACCCAACGUUAUGGUUAAAGAAAAUAGCGGAGCUGAUUUGAAAUGCGAUUACUCUGCUGAUUUUGGAUCAUCACCUCGAGUGGAAUGGAAAUUUAGUAAUUUAAAGGGCUCACAGUCCUUCAUCUACUUUGAUAACCGGAUCACAGAUAAUUAUAAAGGACAGAUGAUUCAGUACCCAGGUGGUCUGAGGAUUCAAAAUGCCACCAGAGCAAACACUGGGGAUUAUGCCUGUGAAGUGUCUGGCAGCACCGGCUAUGCAGAAGUUUCGAUUAAACUAACAGUGCUCGUUCCUCCUUCUGUACCGAUCAGCCAAAUCCCCACAUCUGCCACGACAGGCAGGAACGUCCUACUGACUUGCUUUGACAAGGACGGUUCUCCUCCUUCCACCUAUAAAUGGUAUAAAAAUGGCACUCCUUUGCCUGAUGACCCCAGCAAGUUCCCAGCCUUUAAGAACUUGACCUACAAAUUGAACGCUUUGAACGGCAACCUGGAGUUUCCCAGUGUGAGUAAGGCAGACAGUGGAAGUUAUUACUGCGAAGCUUCCAAUGGGCAGGGGGUUGCUCAGCGUGGGCAAACCGUGUCUAUGGAUGUCCGUGAUUUGAAUGCUGGAGGUAUCGCUGCUGGAGUUAUUAUAGCCCUGCUUGCUAUUGUCUUGCUUAUCUUUGGCCUGUGGUAUGCCAAGAAGAAGGGCUAUCUUCCCACAAUGUCUGACAGCAAGGGAAAAACAGUGUAUACACAGCCUGCACAGAACUAUGGUGAUGAAGAUGAUGGGGAGUUCAAACAGAAGCAGUCUUUCGUGGUAUAAUUUGCACUGUUGCAGAUAUAGAAGAUUUCUCCUGCUAUAGUUCAUUCUACUAGCUCCAGCUCUGGGAUGUCUGUGUGUUUUUCAAAGUGCUUCUCGUCAUUUUGAACUGUUGGCGCUGAAUCUGUAGCAGCAGUGUGCUUUCAAACCUUUCAGUGAAUCACGUUUUUGCACCUUACCAGAUGACAUCAUGGCUCAACGAUUGAUUCAGUUUGUUUGUUUUUUUUCUCCUUCAGUAAUAUUGACUCAAAGAGAAUCCUGAGCAGAGUGAAAAGAAUUUGCUAAUUCUUUUUCUUUUAGGUUUGCUGUAUAUUUUAUUAUUUCUUUUCUUUAAUUUUGUACAUUAAUAGACUCUGGUGUAUUUUUGGAAGAACUUGACAAAACAACUCAUUUGGCUAACAUGUAAAACUCAAGUCUUUCUUUGCCUAGACAUUAUACAGGUACGUGUGCAUGUGUGUGGAUGCAUUUAAAUCACUAAAUUUGUAUAUCUUUCUACAUCAAUUUGACAAACUAAUGUAUAUUUGAAAUGAGUCAAGGUACACAAUUCUUAUAUCUUAUUUAUGUGAAGGAACUGUUUACUUGUUUGAAAUUUUGUUUAGCUGUGUGACGUAUGCGUUUUAGGCUUCUUACUUUUCUGUAUUUUAUUUGAGCCACCAAAAUAAGCUGUUAGUGGUCUAAACUUAGAGUAUACGAGUGAACAUCUGGUGGAUUGGCAGCAUUAUGAUCCUUUAUGCUUAAUAUCUGACAUGCUCUUAUGUGCUGUACACUGAUUUGCUUCAAUGUCUUAAAAGAUCCCGUGAAACUUAGUUAUGUUAGUCAUAUUGUCUUUUUUAAAAUAAAUUCUUUUAUUAAUAAAA